GGACUGAUCUUUUUCCCCUUGUUUCUGCAAUAUGCUUGACGAACAGGGCACUCCUCCUGUCCUUCGAUGCACCCUAUGCACUAAAACUUUCGAGAAACCUUCGACGUUGCACAGGCAUGGCUACUACUGUAGAUCUAGGCAGUUUGGUGCAAAGACUCGAGUACGAUCUUGCCAUGCAUGCGCGCAGAAUAAGACGAAAUGCGAUAAUCGACGUCCAAGAUGCUCGAGGUGUAUUUUGAAAGGUGUCGAGUGUCGAUAUCCCGAGCGCACUACCAAAGCCGAAAGACCAAAGCCUGGUAAUGGACGAGCACUUCCAUCUCCAGCCAGCACUACAGGCACACCUAGUAUGCUUUCGGACCUCGACCAAACUCAAGCCCUCCCUGAUAAAGCGACGGAAAUUCUAUCCAUCAGUGGCAGCGGUAUUGCCUUGGACCUGCCCGACGUAAUACCAAUCGCGGACAUUGACUUCGACGACCCUAGCAUCGAUCCGGGUCAGUGGAAUGACACGAUACUGGACUUUGGUGACCUGAUGGGUAUGGAUAGCGAGGGUGACGCAUCCACUUCGCCAAGUUCGAUCACAGCAGCUAGUAGUACGGAGAUCUUGUUACCACAGACACAAGCCUGGAACCAUAUUGUUUCCAUCCCGGCUCAGCCAAGCACCAAUGUUCGCUCGAUCGUACAGCGAAUACCCAUGACAAAGGGCACACAGAGAAUUGCUAGCUUGAUUUUACAUAAUCUGAAAUCGUAUCCUCGCAUGAUGCUGCAUCAGAGCAAUCCUCCACCAUUCAUCCAUCAGCAUUCGGUUUGCUUUGGUGACGAAGACGACACCCUUGGUACACUAAAUACCUGUAUGAGCCUACUGCAUAUGGCAAACAGUGGCAUGAAGGACUGUCGGAAGCUUUUUUGGAAGUACGUGCGGAUAGAGUGCGAAACUUUGAGGUCAAGAUACCAGGACCUAAACAAAUGGGAACUACUGGCAGCUAUGCAGGCUCUAUCGAUAUAUAUAAUCGUGAGGCUUGAAGAAGGAGAGACUGACAGUAACAACUGCGACGCUCUUUUAGUCGCUGCCACCAUCGUGAUUGCGAAAAGAUUCAACACUAUCUCUGCCGGCACAGCCCUUGAAUCCAGUACUACCGAAUUCGACCCUAAAGCGAUCUGGAAGGACUGGAUCUUCGAAGAGUCCCGCCGACGCCUCUGUAUAAUAUACCGCGUCGUCAACAUGCUCGUCUACUUCGAGCCUGCCGCGAUCUGCGAGCUCCAAACCGACCUCGCUAUUGCUCCGCUACCCUCGAAGAAACCCCUUUGGGAAGCAAACAAUGAAGUCACAUGGAUGCACGAGUCUGCCCCAAUGAAGAUCGACUACGGACUUGCAGCCAAUGGUGACUUGGUGGAGUUGGACAACGACGCCUUGCUUUGCGGUGAUCAGCUAUUGGUGCGCAAGUCGCCUGACUCGGGUCUACGCUCUCGCCAGGUGCGUGAAUGGGAGGAAUGGUGCUCGGGUAUGGAUGGACUUGGGUCGCUUGUGAUGCUUGCUGCUGCACUAAUCACGUAGCGCUUUGGUAUUCAGAGUUGUAUCCAGGAUUACAGAUAUCAAGCUUGCCAAGUUGAGGUGCGCCAGGCAGGAUCUCGACCCAUGAAUGGAGUCAAGAUAGCCACAUGGCUAUCAUCUUUCGGACAGGUCCUUACGCGACCUUUAAACGCAUUUCUGUGCAAUGUGAUCUGUCUACAGAGGGAUCCAAGAUCUAUUUCAAACAACGAUGUAUGCACGCCAAGUGACAUGAAUGACCGCAGGCAUACGACCUUCCAGCACUAGGCUUUCCCAUCCCUUAACCACGAACCUACACUCAUCCACCGUCCCAUCUCGUCUCUUGAUCGUUCCCUCUCAGCACAGCUCCAUAUCAUCGAAUCUUCGUCCUCGUUGCGCUCUAUACUUAGUACUGCAG